UGAUUGGCGGCGCGCCUGUACCGGCAGCUCACGACAGACUUCGAGCUUUCGUCGUAGUAGCGAUACUACUAGUAGUGGCAACACGAUGGAAGUGGAAACUCGUGCAUCGCACCUUGUUGGCACAGCGUUAUCUAGCUUCUCCAGACUACCUGGUAAUCUAUCUCCGGUAGCUCCACCUGGAAUGUCUGCUGUACCGAAGAGAUCAUCGCCGCGCAUGGAAGGCAGCUUCGUAUGCACUGUCAAUGAAGCAGAUUAUGCUCCGAACUGGACGGUAGUGACUCGACAUCUUGGCAGCAGAGCCACCUCAGGGCUAUGGGGCUUACGACACACGCGGUCACCAGUAGAUGAGCUCGUGGAAGCGGCACGGAGACCCCAAUGCCAACCGCGUCUUGUCAGGCUGUCCGUUUCGCCCAGGGGAGUGUCCCUCACUGAAAUUGGGCCCGUGGUCAGUGAAGAAGAGUUUUAUCCGAUCGAAUGCAUCUCAUACGGAGUACAGGAUGUCAGUUAUGCUAAAAUUGUCGCUAUGAUCAUCGUCAGCGACAAGGGACCCUUCGAGUGCCAUGCAUUUGUGUGCGAGAGUAAGGAUUCCGCAAGGAGACUUACUCUGACCCUGGCAGCUGCCUUCCGAGAAUAUGGCGGACGAAAAGCUGACCACAAAAGAGAUGCGAAAAGGAGAAAUGUAGUCGACCUAAAGGGUGAACAGGGUGAUUCGGAGGUUUAGCGACCUGUAGACGUGCAAAAGUCUCUACGACUAAUUAUCUUCUUUAGUGACUCAGAGCCGCGAUACAUCUAACCCAAGUAAACAACGAGUGCACUGCUGUCGUUUCUGAAGAUAUCCCACUGCGAUGAUAGAGUAUUACUUCCAUUAAUUUUAAUAGGCAAUUACUAAUGUUACGUUAUUUGCAAUGGGUGUUACUUAUGCAGGCGAAAAAUCGAACCGCAUUCGAGUUUUUGCUGUCUGUCCACCGGUGUAGCUGAGGAAAUGAACAGAACAGCUGAUUGUGAGAAUCAAGCUUCCGGGUCCACUGUGGCAAACUGUCUAGAAUUUUCGAAAUUAAGCCGGUUGCCGACGACUUUUUUCAUUCGAGCUUGAAACGCUGUUAGAAACCGACCUGGGCUCCAUCGACGAGUACAACUGCGACGUUUCCAAACUGCUUUUACGUUCUUUUUCGAGCGCUCCAAAAAGGGGAUUCAAAGCAGCGGCAAUCCUAUUGACAACGGUUAAUCCAGCGCUUCAUUUUGGGGAACACUGCAAUAAUCAGGUCUCAGUCUGUAACGUUGACCGCAGGACAAGGUCAACACCAGAGCCAUCACUCACCCCACGGCCAGAUUUCGCCACUGCCAUCAACAGAGCGUCGUGAAGCACGAAAGGAUCACAACGGCAAAGUUGUUCGCUUUACUCAUUCGUUCGUUAAACUUACAGAUUCUGCGUUGAAACAACAUAACAACAAUUCAACACAGCGCCUAAUCACAGUAUAGCAGUUACCAGGAUGCUGCCAUCGAUAAAAUGUCAUACUGCUUCUUGGUUUUUACAGUUUGGUUUGAUAACUCUGCUGUCGGUACAGAGAGCGCCGGGACAAGCAGAAGUUCAAUUGUGUAAGAUAAGCCAGUAUCGGACCCUGGCCUAUCUGCGUUAGUAUCUGUCUUGUAACAAAAUUUUUGCAAUGCUUUCCACUCUUACUAAACCCAGCGGCUGCUCUUACCAUCCCCACCGUCGAGUUGCUUCUACGUAACGCACGUCAUCUCGACAGCGACGACUAAAAGAUCAAUCCAUCAUCGACUGUACCUCGUUCAUGCUGACGAUAAUCGUGAAUUGACCGGACGAGUUGGAAACGCGGCCAGCCUCGCAGGAAUUGAGAUUUCCCAUUCAGUCAUAACAGUUUCAUCAAAAUGUCAAUGUAAAAAAUGCGCAUGCCUUUCGUAACAAUCGUAUAGGCUUAACUUAAAUUUGGUAGGUCAGGCACUCUAGCGAAAACUUGGUUACUAAACAAGUUCGCCAUUACCACGAAAGAGAACACGUUCUAUUUUUUUUUCCUGUAAGAGUUGAAACUAGCGGGUAUGUAGUUAACAUUGAUUUUCCUCAAUCUGAACGUAAGACGUACCGUUCGCUGUACAUUGGACGAUGCGACAACAUUGACUGAACACUAAAUAAAUAGAAAAGCAUAGGGAUCAAGACAAUGAUUUCUAAUUUAUGAUAAUAAUUAUAAUAAAUAAAUACUAAAAGAUAUAAGGAUAAUGGUCACUGCGCAGAACCGAAUAAAUAUACGUGAUCGAUUGAUUAGGGAAGUGCGACCUAACAAAAGGUGUCAUUUUUUAAAAUUAAUGUUUGACUAGUUCCUUAGUAUUCUGCGCGUAUCAGUAGACUAAUGUCUACUAUAAUUACUGGACUCUUCAAAAUAGUCCAAUUGUCACAAUGAUUGUGUAGUUGUAGCAUGUCUACAUAUUGAACUUAUGAAUGCUUGACGUGAUCUAGAUUGGAAACGAUGUCCAAAGUGACACACAAAUGGUUCAAGGUAGUGCCCUAAGUUAUUAAGUUACGGGGCUUAUAGCGUCUGUAAGCCGUGUGUUUAGUAUUAGGCAAAUACCUUGAACGCAACACUUAGUUUGCGGUUGAAAAAUUAGCCGCUACUUUUUUAGACCAAUAAAAAAUCAAAGCCGGCCAUUUUACUUACGUAUUUUUUUAUGCCAUACAAAGCCGUUAGCAGCAGUGUAAGACGUAACAUUUCUUUCUACUAACAAGAAGCCAUGCUUCAGGCCUUUAAGUGAAAAUUAGAUCCAGCAAUAAACAUUGUGAUCGCUUCUGCUACUCAGCAACUAUUUCUUUUUUCGCAAAAGGCCCUCCACUGUGACAGAUUGUUGAAACGGCGCAGUGCAGUGAAAUCGAUGCCCACAAACAAUCUGGUUACUUAGAUUUCUGCCCAUUAAUGACGAAGCUGAUUAGUAAUGGACAUAGACAUUAAAUUGCGUCUAUUUGCUUAUCCUUUACUCUAAUCGGCUUUUCUGUUGUAUUCUAAUUCUAGUUCUAAUCUAAAAAGUAUCUCGAAAAUGGUCGCUUAGCGUUGGAUAUACCCAAGUAAAAGUACGGCAAGAAAAAAAUGUUUUCGAGUCUUACGUCCAGAGCUGCGAUGGUGUUGUAUAGCAUAGGAUGGUUUCGCUGACCCUUCGGAGCGAGUACACAAAAAUAGCAGAUUGUUGAUCAAACUUAUAUGUCCAUACUCAUCAUAAUUAUUAGAUAAAAAUCGUCAAAGGUAAACACGGUUGGUUCGUCAUUGACGUUCUGAUGUUUAUCCGAAACAGAUAGGAAUUGUUGAUUGAGCGAUUGCGUCACGAUUACGUAUGUGGGUGCGACCAUCU